CCUUUGUAGGCCUAUGUAUGCAUUUAUUUAUUUAACGUUUCCGUGGUGGGCUAUAGAUCAUGCGCUUGCAUAAUGUUACACUUUUAUAGAAUGACCAUUCGAGCCUCUUGGCUUUUAUUUUGAUAUAUUUACUUUUAGUUCCGGGUCACUUGUCUUGCUUUUCUUCAUGUCUUUCUUCAAAAGGAAAAACGAAAAAAGGAAUUUGCAAAAACCCCAAUUGGACCCAGGUCGUCAAACUGCGCCUUCCCGCGAGCCGUAGCGAGGUGCUUUCCCUGAGACCUGUAGCUAGUUACACUCCAGACCCAACCCACUCCGAGGCCCUGCUCCUGGACUGCACGCCAACAGCUUUAGGAUAUAUUUCCCUCUAACAAUAACGACACCUAAGUAAGAAGAAAAAAAUAAGAUGCCUUUGCCUGUGCAAGUGUUUAACUUUCAGGGGUCUGUGGAGCCCAUGCAGAUUGAUGCAGACCCCCAGGAUGACCAGCAGAAUGCUCCGGACACCAACUACAUAGUGGAGAACCCGACACUGGACCUGGAACAGUAUGCAACCAGCUACAGUGGAUUAAUGCGCAUUGAGAGGCUUCAGUUCAUCGCUGAGCAUUGCCCUCAGCUCAGAGUGGAAGCCCUGAAGAUGGCCCUCACCUUCGUCCAGAGGACCUUCAAUGUCGACACUUAUGAGGAGAUCCACCGUAAACUCACAGAGGCCACACGAGAAGUGCAGGGUGUUCCAGACACAGUACCUGAAGGCGGGGUUGUUCCUCCUCCCCUGGACUCAGCCUGGGCCGAGUCCACCAGAAAAAAGGCCCUUCUCAAACUGGAGAAAUUGGAUACUGAUCUCAAGAACUACAAGGGAAACUCCAUUAAAGAGAGCAUCAGGAGAGGCCAUGAUGACUUGGGAGACCAUUACCUGGACUGUGGUGACCUCAGUAACGCCCUCAAGUGCUACUCCCGAGCCAGAGAUUACUGCACCAGUGCUAAGCAUGUCAUUAACAUGUGUCUGAAUGUCAUCAAGGUUAGUGUUUACCUCCAGAACUGGUCCCAUGUACUGAGCUAUGUCAACAAAGCAGAAUCCACACCAGAGAUAGCAGAGCAAAGAGGAGAGCGAGAUAGCCAAAAUCAAGCAGUCCUCACCAAAUUAAAGUGUGCUGCAGGAUUGGCAGAGUUGGCCUCUCGCAAAUAUAAACCAGCUGCCAAGUGUUUCCUGCAGGCUUCUUUUGACCACUGUGACUGUCCAGAGCUCCUCUCACCCAGUAAUGUAGCUGUGUAUGGAGGAUUAUGUGCUUUGGCCACAUUUGACAGACAGGAGCUCCAACGUAACGUCAUCUCCAGCAGCUCCUUUAAGUUAUUUCUAGAGUUGGAACCUCAGAUCCGUGACAUCAUCUUUAAGUUCUACGAGUCCAAAUACGCGUCUUGUCUCAAGCUGCUGGAUGAAAUGAAGGAUAACCUUCUGUUGGACAUGUACCUGGCCCCACACGUCAAGACACUGUACAGCCAGAUCAGGAACAGAGCCCUCAUUCAGUAUUUCAGUCCCUACGUGUCAGCAGACAUGACUAAAAUGGCUCAGGCCUUCAACACCACAGUAGCAGCUCUGGAAGACGAGCUCACCCAGCUCAUACUGGAGGGGCUUAUCAACGCACGGAUCGACUCCCAUAGCAAGAUUCUGUAUGCGAGGGAUGUGGAUCAGAGGAGCACCACAUUUGAGAAGUCGCUCCAUAUGGGCAAAGAGUUCCAGAGACGAGCCAAAGCCAUGAUUCUCCGAGCUGCUGUGCUGCGCAACCAGAUCCACGUCAAGUCUCCACCCAGAGAAGGCAGCCAGGGUGAACUGACACCAGCCAACAGCCAGACCAGGAUGAGCACCAACAUGUGAGGAGGAAGUCCUCUUCAAAGUCUGCAUGCUGACUCUGCUGACAACAGCCGCAGAGUAGAGGGGAAGGAUCACCCUAUCAUUCAUCAACACCAACCCCCAACCAACCCACCUCCUGUUUUUCUGCUAAAGACAGAAACGACAUAACAAUAUAAAGACUUUAAUGUUCUGAAAUUAUCUCUGUCAUCCCCAUCAGAUGAUAUGGGGGAAAAUCCUUUGUUGGUCUGAUGAUCUGGAGUUUUGGACAAGAAGAAAAUGUGUUGCUUAGCACUUGAGCUUUCAUCACUGAGCUGUACGUUAGUGGUGGGAGAUGCACUUUGCUCUUCUUACAUAUUGUGGAGGCCUCAUUAACAGAAACAAGGUUUUAAAAUAAAAACGCCUACCAAAACAUA